AUGUUACAUGGUCUGCUCUCCAUGGAAAGCUGUGUUCAUAAUGGGAUGGACAUUACAGAGAUUGAGAGACAACAGGCAAGGUUGAAAUUGCAGCAAAACCAUGUGGUCCAAAAUGACAAUCCUACUGAGUUAUGUCCAAAUUCAGUGCCUCGGUUUCAGGGUUUCAAUGGAGGGUUUUAUCUGGGUAGUGAUGAUUUUCACAAAUUUUUGAACAAUUCAGCAUCUGGACCGGAUUUUGGUGACUGUAUAACAAUGAAGUCGCCAACUGGAAGAAAGAGAAAAGCAGAGGCUGUUGAAGAUGAUAAAUGCGAGGUUAAGAGGAUCAAAGGAGAGAUGGACAUGGAAUCCGAGUCCAAAACAAAAUGCAGUACAGAUGUUUCAAGAAACUCUUCAAUGGAGAAUUCAAAGGCUUCAGAAGCUCAGAAGAAGACAGAUUACAUUCAUGUAAGGGCACGUAGGGGUCAGGCUACUGAUAGUCACAGUUUGGCAGAAAGAGCAAGAAGGGAAAAGAUUAGUAAGAAGAUGAAAUGCUUGCAAGAUUUAGUCCCAGGUUGUAAUAACAUCAUUGGAAAAGCUGGAAUGCUUGAUGAGAUAAUCAACUAUGUUCAAUCUCUGCAAAAACAAGUUGAGUUCUUGUCUAUGAAACUUGCUGCUCUAAAUCCAACUGUAGAAUUCAAUGUCGAAAACCUACCGAUGAAAGAGUUUGCUGCUUAUGUCGCCAAAUUUCCAGCAGCUGUUAAGUCGCCGGAAGAGGCUGGUUUGGCCUUUCUUCAGUUGCAAAAGGAAGCUGUAAAUUACAUGUUGGACGCAACAAUGAACCCUCCCCGAACGACCACGGAAGGAAUGAACACAAGUGCUUCUUUAUCUAUCCCAGAACAAGCUCUCGGCUCAUCCUGCAUCACUCAACUGCAACCAUUUUCAACUUGGAACACUGAUCCUCUAGGCCUUCACAAUGUGCACAAUUUGGGGUUUCCUUAAGAAUAACCAAUCAAUUUUGGUCCCAACAUCUAGAGGUACAUAUGCGAAAAUGAAAAAGAGUAGCCUUAUUCAUUUUUUAAAGUAUUUAGAGAUUCCUUGAAGCGUCAUAUACCAUUUC